AUGUCUUCCCAGGGUCGGAGCUCCAUUGUUGGGAUGCUGUGCGUCUGGGCUGCUGCCUGGCUGUCGGGCUGCAGGGCAGUGUUGGCCCCGAACGGGACCAUGUUUGAGGACAACUGCAAGAAAACCUCAACUUGUGAGGCGCUGAAAUACAACACAUGUUUGGGAUCACCGUUACCCUACACCCAUACAUCUCUGAUCCUGGCCGAGGACUCCAGCAGCCAAGAGGAGGCUUUUGAGAAGCUGACCAUGUGGUCUGGACUGCGAAACGCUCCACGCUGUUGGUCGGUCAUCCAGCCACUGCUCUGUGCCAUCUACAUGCCGAAAUGUGAGAACGGACACGUGGAGCUGCCCAGCAAGAGCCUGUGUUUGGCCACACGUCGCCCGUGCAGCAUUGUGGACCGGGAGAGGGGAUGGCCCAAUUUCCUCAAAUGUGACCAUUUCCCUGUGGGCUGUUCGAACGAGGUGCAGAAGCUGAAGUUCAACACCUCCGGCCAGUGUGAAGCUCCUCUGGUGAAGACCGACAUUCAGUCGAGUUGGUACAAGGACGUAGAAGGCUGUGGCAUCCAGUGUGACAACCCCCUGUUCACCGAAGAGGAGCACAGUGAUAUGCACGCCUACAUUGCUUACUUUGGCACAGUCACCCUCCUCUGCACCUUUUUCACUCUGGCCACGUUUCUUGCCGACUGGAAAAACUCGAACCGCUACCCGGCCGUCAUUCUCUUCUACAUCAACGCCUGCUUCUUUGUGGGCAGCAUCGGCUGGCUGGCCCAGUUUCUGGACGGAGCGCGCAAAGAGAUCGUGUGCAAGAGCGACAACACGAUGCGGCUCGGGGAGCCCUCGUCUUCAGAAACGCUGUCGUGCGUCACCAUCUUCAUCAUCGUGUAUUACUCCAUGAUGUCAGGCGUGAUUUGGUUCGUCAUGCUGACCUACGCCUGGCACACAUCCUUCAAGGCCCUCGGUACAACUCACCAGCCGCUGUCUGGGCGAACCUCCUACUUCCACAUGGUGACCUGGUCCAUCCCUUUUGUCCUCACUGUUGCCAUCCUUGCUAUAGCUGAGGUGGACGGAGACUCUGUGAGUGGGAUCUGCUUUGUGGGCUACAAGAACUACCACUACCGGGCCGGGUUUGUGCUGGCGCCCAUCGGAGUGGUGCUUGUUGUUGGCGGCUACUUCCUCAUUCGGGGUGUCAUGACCUUAUUUUCCAUCAAGAGUAACCACCCGGGACUGCUGAGUGAGAAAGCAGCCAGCAAAAUCAACGAGACGAUGCUGAGACUUGGUAUAUUUGGAUUUCUGGCAUUUGGCUUUGUUUUCAUCACAUUUGGAUGCCACUUUUAUGACUUCUUCAACCAGGCUGAAUGGGAGAGAAGCUUCAGAGAAUAUGUGCUGUGCGAAGCCAACGUGACUAUCGCUUCUCAAACCAACAAGCCUAUCCCAGAAUGCACCAUUAAAAACCGUCCCAGCCUGAUGGUGGAAAAGAUCAACCUGUUCUCCAUGUUCGGCACAGGAAUCGCUAUGAGCACCUGGGUCUGGACCAAAGCCACCUUCCUCAUCUGGAAGCGCACUUGGUUCAAGAUCAUUGGUCGCAGUGACAACGAACCCAAGAGGAUAAAGAAGAGCAAGAUGAUUGCUAAGGCAUUCGCUAUGAGGAAGGAGCUCCACAAGGACCCGGAGAAGGAGCUGUCCUUCAGCAUGCACACGGUGUCCCAUGAUGGCCCAGUGGCUGGGAUCAAUUUCGACCUGAACGAGCCGUCCAACGAUGUUUCAUCAGCAUGGGCGUUGCACGUUACCAAGAUGGUCGCCAGACGGGGAGCCAUUCUGCCUCAGGACAUUUCUGUCACUCCCACUGGGACGCCAGUGCCCCCUCCAGAGGUGAGGAACAGGCUGUGGAUGGUGGAGGCAGAGAUAUCGCCCGAGAUGAUGAAGAGGAAAAAGAAGAAGAAGAAAAGGAGGAAGGAGGUGCGUAAGGCGGAGGAGGCGGUGGAAAACCCGACUCGGCUUCAGCGAGAGUUUGGCCGCAGCUCGGUUCCCCGCCUGCCUAAGCUUCCCUGCCACCCAAGCCUGGUGGCCAACCUGCGCGAGCAGCAGAGGCAGCAGACGUUGGAGCAGGAGGUCCUGCCAGGCUCUUUACCGGAACCUGAACCGUGCGAGGAGCGGUGUCCUUACCUGCAGUGCCAGAGCGGCAGAAACGGUUACCUGAUGGCCCGUGUUGAUUGUGCAGAGAAUCUGGGCCUCAGGCCUCGCGGUCAACCUUUGACUUCAAACUGGCAGGCUGGUGGAUCAUCAGCGUACCCCAGAGAGGCGGAUCAUACUGACGGGCUGUCGGAGAGAAUGGCUCACGUUGCUCGGGUGCCGGCAGGCCGCAGGGCCGGCUAUGGACCCGUCCACUCCAGGACCAAUUUAAUGGAGGCGGAGCUUAUGGACGCUGACUCGGACUUUUGAAACUGCAGAGUGAGCAGGAAAACCGGUGACUGCUGGUAACCUUAGGAGAUUCUUACUGCAGUGCACCAGACCCCAACGUCACCAAGACCCUAAAUGAGUCGUCAGUUUUACGUCUCUUGCUGUUUGCGUUGAGUGAGUGUGUCUGCGAGUGUGCAAAGAAAAAAAAAUGUAUUUGGAAGAAAAAAAAAGAGAGAAAUAAACUUCUGUAAAUAUCUUUAGAAAAGAUUAGUUUUUAUACUGUAUUUUGUACGUCAUACUCUAUUUUCUGUGAUAUUUUAAAGCGACUCUGUGACAGCAAAAGAGAUCGGGGCAGCUAAACUGUUCAUGUCUUUGAAAGCAUGGGCUGGAAUGAGGUUCUCAUGGUGUGAUUACGUUGAGUAAAAGAUUUUAAGUUUCAUGCUAUUAUGGUAUGUAAAGUAGUUAGACAAAGGUUUAAAGCAAUAGAUGUAUAAUAUGAGCUAAUUGCUUUUAUCAUAUACAGAAAAACAACAAUUAUUCCCACUGGUCCUGAGCAAGAAUAAUGUUAGUUACAGAGGUGCCAGAGUUCGGAACCGGCCAAUUAUUCCUUGAUGGGCAGCUUAAAUUCUUAAUGUUCAAAUAAAAAAAAAUCUGAUUUUUUUUUUUAAAUGGAUGACAACUACUUUUCUACCAGGCCUACCUUAAUAGGAGGCUACAUUAUUAAGGGGCACACUUUAGCAUCGACAUUAAAUCCUUUGAUUUUUGUCCAGGAAUGUUUUAAAGUAGCUGAUUUUGUAUUAUUUUUCCGAGCAGGACAAUUUAGUAGAAGCCUCCUUUCAGCCAGCUGGCCGUCAGUGCCCAGUUACAGGUGAGUGUGGAGCGUUGCUCCGUGUCCCGUAGAGCAAGAGAAAAUGCCAGCUUUUCUGUCACGUCCUCUAGAAUCUAAUUAAAAGACCUUCAACCUGGCAAGGAUAUAAUGAAAGACUUUCCCUUAACUAUUUAAAUAUCUUUAUACCUGUAGUCAGCCCCUUCCUAUAACAAAAUGAGUCAUUUUUAUUCCUGCAGCCCGACCCAUUGAUCAGUGCUGUCCUAGUUAAAGGUGAUUUUAUUCUCCAGGUAAUUCUGUCAAACUGUUUAAAAAAAUACUUAUUUGAAUGCUUUUAUUUAAAGAAAAAUCAUAUCGCUUCCUUUAAGGAACUAUAAACUAAACAUUAGCUAGCUUGAUGUUUUAACUGUUAGCUUCCAUUAUUACCAACAUUAGAGAAAAAAUUACUAACUGGUCGGAGCUUAACAUUUGUUCCUGACAGAAUAAAGCGUAAAAGUGGAGUGCAGAGGAGUAAAGUCUGCAUGAGCCCGUUUUUAAAUUUCACACUACACUUCACCUCUUUUUUUUACAGAGAAUCCCUUGCAGUGCCAUCAUGUCCCUACUUUUAUUGCUGCAGUGUUUAUUGAUCUUCUGUAAGCGCAACAUUCUUGUGCAAAAAAAGAAAAAAAAAAGUAUUUUUAUAUUUGCUUUGUUGCCUGGUGCAACAACGCAUCUCUUUGUCUUUUGUUUGUA